AUGUCCAAAUUCUCAUUGGCUAUCUCAAUUAUUUUUGCAAUCAUUUGGAGUUCUGCAUUAUAUUUCGACUUCACUUGGCAACCAAGAUUGGGACAUGACUGGUACAUUUACAAGCUGAUAAUGCUGACAAAUAUUAACUUUGUACUUGAUACAAUAUAUUCUGUAUUGGUCGUUAUCAGUUACAAAGGAACUUUUCAAGACAUAACCGAUUUCAUGUUUUUCACUUCAGUCUUUCCUAUUGCAGUGGUGACGAGCGGUCUUUUCUGGGGAUUAUAUGCAAUUGAGCCCGAAUUGGUGAUGCCAGCCUGGGUCGCACGACUUAUUCCUUCAUGGUUAAACCAUGUCACACAUACAUUACCUAUUUUUUAUGUUCUUCUGGAAACGCGUGUUCAUAAAAGAAAGUUGCCAACAAAACGUACCUCAUUUAUAAUGUCAUGUCUUUUAGUAUUUUUUUAUUUUGUAAUAAUAUUUGCAAUUAGGUACAUCGAUGGCUUCUGGAUUUAUCCACUUCUACAACUUUUCAAUUUCCAUCAUUUCGUUUUGGCGUAUAUCGCCGGAGUUGCUGGAUUUUUCAGUUUAACACAACUGGCCGUCAUUUUAUCGGGCAAUCGAAAAAAUUCCUCGGAAAAGUUUAAAUCAAACUAA